AUGGCCAUUGAAGAAAACAAACCUAUUGUAAAGUCUUGGAGAAUAUAUUUUGAUGGAGCUGUUAACGCUUUAGGCCAUGAUAUUGGAGUAAUUUUGAUAUCUCUUGAUGGGUACUAUUACCCUAUCACAAUCAGAGAGAAAAAUCAAAUUGCUAAUGCACUAGCUACUAUAGCUGCAGUGAUCAAAAUAUAUGCAAAUACUGAAAUCCAACCCAUCAAGCUGGAUGUGAAGGAUGUACCGACACAUUGCUCAGGUGUUGAAGAAAAGUUGAUGGGAGGCCAUGAUAUCUUUUACAAAAGGAAUCGAGAUCAAGUACUCUUAAAAUGUGUAAAUACAACUGAAGUAAAGAGAAUUAUUGAAGAAGUACAUGAUGAAGUCUGUGAGGCAUAUGCAAAUGGUCAUAUGAUGACUAGAUAA